CAUGCCUAUAAAUAUCACGCUUCACUCCAGUCAAACAUCAGUUAGUGAUCUCCCCAUGAACUUGGAAGAUAAACAUGCUGGAGCUUGCUUCAAAGGGCACUACCAUUUCCAAAAAGGGCUUUAAGAAGGCAGUCGCUAAAACUCAAAAGAAGGAGGACAAAAAGCGCAAGAGAUGCCGCAAAGAGAGCUAUUCUAUUUACAUCUACAAGGUGCUGAAGCAGGUCCACCCGGACACUGGAAUCUCUUCCAAGGCCAUGAGUAUCAUGAAUUCUUUUGUUAGUGACAUUUUUGAGCGCAUUGCCGGUGAGGCUUCCCUCCUGGCGCAUUAUGACAAGCGCUCGACCAUCACCUCCAGGGAGAUCCAGACGGCCGUGCGCCUGCUGCUGCCUGGGGAAUUAGCCAAGCACGCUGUGUCGGAGGGCACCAAGGCUGUCACCAAGUACACCAGCUCCAAGUAAAACAUGAUAGAGCCAGCAGAUGAGCUCCACAAACCAAAGGCUC